AUGUUCUCUAACAUUAAUGAUUUCUCCGAUUUCAAAACAAUCUGUUUAACAAAGAACAUAGAAUAUCACACCUAUACAAUUAACACAGAAAAAACUCUGACAAUAGUCCUCAAAGGGCUAAUCCGCCUUCUCGAACUCAGAAUUUGCAAUAAUCUUAAAUCUCAAGUUUGCGUCAAGUACGUUGGACAGCACGACACAAGAUCUUAUAAAAAAAUACCUGAAGCUCCCCCAACAUGCGCCAACUGCAAAGGCGCACACCCUGCAAAUUAUUCAAAGUGCCCAAUCCUACUAGCCUUCUCGGCAAAAAAGAUCGCUAGCAAUGUGUUAACCCAAUACACGCAGUAA